CUAUUGGUGAGUCUGACCAACUAUCCGACGUGGCUUUCCCUUAAAUAAAUAAAUAUAUAAAUCGAUACUUUUCUUUUGGCUACGCCUUCCUGAAUCCUCUCGCUGUUACGAGGCUUGGAUCUCUGUAUCAGGUAAUGUCGAAUUUACAGAAUGAAAAUUGAAACCGUCGAGUUGAGUGAUUUGAUUUUGAAUGUGUGAGUGUUGAGUAUUCGUUAUGGAUAGUAACAAAGACGAGGCGUUGAGAUGUAUUCGUAUUGCUAAAGAAGCGAUUGUUUCUGAAGAAAAAGAACGCGCAUUGAAAUUUAUCAAAAUUGCGCAACGGCUCAAUCGUGAUUUAGCUGUUGAUGAACUUUUGGCCGCUUGUGAGAAGUUUGGCUCUGGUGAUUCCGGGUCGUCACCUGAGGAGAGGCGUGUUGAUGGUGGUUAUGAUAAGGACAAUAAGCCUGGUCGGGCGAAAUUUGAUGAGGAUUUGAAUGGGGAGAGGAGUUAUAGUCAAGAACAUGUUGAGUUGAUUAGGCAGAUUAAGAGAAACCAAGACUAUUAUGAGAUUCUUGGUGUGGAAAGGACUUCCUCGGUUGAAGAGAUAAGAAAGGCUUAUAGAAAACUGUCGUUGAAGGUUCACCCGGAUAAGAAUAAGGCUCCGGGUUCUGAGGAAGCGUUUAAGAAAGUGAGCAAGGCUUUCAAGUGCUUGAGUGAUGAUGAUUCGAGGAGGCAGUAUGAUCAUGUUGGUUUGGUUGAUGAAUUUGAGUAUAACCAAACGCAUAAUGUUAGGCAGAGGAGAAGGAGAACUGAGCAUGACUUUUUUGAUGAUGAUUUUGAUCCUGAUGAGAUAUUCAGGUCAUUCUUUGGUCAAACAGAUAUGUUUCGGACAACUCAUGUUUUUAGAACUAGAGAGACGAGGAGCCAUCAAAGAGAGGAGUUUCGUGGUGGAGGGCCUAAUCUUUUGGUUCUUCUUCAGAUAAUUCCUUUUUUAUUAAUAAUCUUGCUUGCUUUCCUGCCAUUUUCAGAGCCCAACUACUCGUUGCACAAGAAUUUUCACUAUCAGAUUGCUAGGACUACUGAGAAACAUGGAGUUGAUUUUUACGUAAAAUCAUCUGCAUUUGAUGAGCAUUUUCCUCAUGGUAGUCCUGCUCGAGCUCACGUUGAGGACAGUGUGAUUAAGGAUUACAAAACUUUGCUUUGGAGGUAUUGUAAUGUAGAGCUACAGAAGCGACAUUGGAAUAAGAACCUGCCAACUCCCCACUGCAAUAAAUUAGAAAAUCUUGGACUAGCAUAAAGAGUAUUAUGGCUAGAAUCUGGGAAGGGUAAAAUUACAAACUAUGAAUGAUGAAGAUAGACCCAAGAGUCGAGUAGGGUCGGUAGAUAAGACAAAUUUGUGGGGUUGAGUUCCAAAGAUGUGAGCCAGCCUAGCAGUUGCUUUUCAUUCCCAAGGACUCAUUAGCCACUCGUUCCUCUGCCAAGGUGGUCCCUCGUCUGCAGACUGGUUUUCAGAAUUUGCCAAGGUGGUCCCUCGUCUGCAGACUGGUUUUCACUUUUCAGAAUUUGCCAAGGUG